AUGCAAUCUCCAACUACACUCGCGCCGGUCUCCGUGGCUGCUGCUACGCCUGCGGCAAAUAAGACCUGGUUGCGGACGGCGUUUGCCUCGAUCUCGAGUAUGCUGCUUGGUUCGAGGACGCAGGAGGAAUCUGAGUCUGAUGCUAUCUCUGGGUGGGUUGGGACGAGGAGGAGGCGGUGUCGGUCUGUUGGGGAGGCUCGUUAG